CCAUAACUUUGCCGUAAUGUUACCGUAGACAGAUCUUGUUGAUGUAUAAAUUCUAUUUGCAUAUUGUAUAUGGCUUCCUUCUUUCGAUUAAAAGCUUCAUCGAAGUUGUCUGUUCGGUGUAUGUGUGGUAAUAACAUGUCAGCGCCGCUUCCUGCCAUAGUCCCCGCUGCUCGGAAAGCCACUGCUGCGGUUAUAUUCCUGCACGGACUUGGGGACACUGGACAUAGCUGGGCAGAGAUGUUUGCAGGGAUCCGGACACCUCAUGUGAAAUAUAUCUGUCCUCAUGCGCCAAUAAUGCCUGUUACUUUAAACAUGAACAUGGCCAUGCCUUCUUGGUUUGAUAUCAUUGGACUUAGUCCAGAUGCAGAAGAAGAUGAUUCUGGAAUCAAACAGGCAGCAGAAAACAUAAAGGCACUCAUAGACCAAGAAGUAAAGAACGGAAUUCCUUCACACAGAAUUGUUUUGGGAGGAUUUUCACAGGGAGGUGCAUUGUCUCUGUACACAGCCUUGACUUCUCAACAGAGACUGGCAGGUGUGAUAGCACUAAGCUGCUGGCUUCCACUGCGUAGCUCUUUUCCGCAGGCAGCAGCCAAUAGUGUGAACAAGGAAAUCAGCAUCUUGCAGUGCCAUGGGGAGGCUGACCCUCUGGUACCUUUGGUGUUUGGGUGUCUUACUGUUGAGAAGUUAAAAAGUAUUGUCCCUCCAGCUAAUAUCAACUUUAAGACAUAUCCAAGAAUGCCACACAGUUCCUGCCCUCAGGAAAUUAUGGAUAUUAAGCAGUUCAUUGAAAAGCAACUACCUCCAAUCAAUUAAUGACACAGCAGAAGCCUUUUGAUAAUGCACCAGCACCAACAAUGGACUGACUCUGAAUUCUUCCACUUACCUGUGCCCCAGCUCUCACCCCAACACAGCAAUACUCUAGAGACACCUUGUUUUUAUGUACAGUGACCACAUUUUGCCUGUAGCACACAGAAUAUGUGGUUAGGCUGUGAAAAUGGUUACUUUAUGGUCUUUACACUACAGUAUUUUCUGCAAGUAUUACAGAGAACAUAUUUAGGUGGUUUGUGUGUCAUGACAUUUGUUUAACUGCUGGUGUUAAAAUAUACGGUACCUUUAUUUUUUGUUGUUGUUCUGGGUAAACAUUUUAUAUUUUGAUCACAAGCUGUAUAAUGAGUUAUUUGUAACAUGUAUAUCUGUGCAUUUUCAGCGUGAUGAACCUAUGGAACAGAAAAUGUAACCAGAGAACAGUGACAUUUUGCUUAAGUAUUUCCAUUACUUCUGUUACUAUUAACAUUGGAAAUGUUGUGUUCAAAUGAAAAAUGUUGACCUCUAAAGUCAUUUAAACUUUUUUUUUUUUUUUUUUUUUUAAGGGAACAAACAAAAAAAAAUACAUAAAAUGUACAAUUAAAUGAAUACAAAUAGGCUUCUGCAUAUUUCUGAUGAUAAUAUGCACAAAAUAAUGAUAUAGGUAUCACCCCUUUACUCUAUAAAUAAUCCACAGUAUUCUGCAACAAAUUAUUUUCUGUUUUGGUCUUCACAUCCUUUAAAACUGAAAAAUUCAAGAGCUUUCACAGUCAUGUAUAAUCUCCAAGUACUUUUGGUACACCAGAGGGUAACCAUUCACUUGUCACCUUGCAACAUUUUUGUUAGUGGGUGUAUGAACUAUAUCAGUAAUAAAUAAUACAUUGAACAAAUGUUGUAUCUCAUACAUCCUCUAGGCUCAAGCACACCUUAAUCUUGAGCUGAAUGCCAUGAACCAAACACAUGCAAUGUGUAAUCUGUACAAGAUUUAAACCUAGUUCUCCUGUGGUGAGACACUGAGUGAAUACUUUCAGAGAUAGACAGCCUCCACUGUAAAAUACUGUUUUUGGGAAACACAUUUUUUCUAAUGUUUUAAGUACCCAUGUAACUGACAAAUAACAAAAAAUAAUGCCUGAAAGCAACAGUCAUUAUAAGGGGGAAAACAUACCUGGUCCUAUUUUAAAUUGCAAAGGUGAAUUUUCUGAAGUUGUUAGUGAUAGUUCUUUACUGUUAAAAUUGGCUAUGUAUGACUUUUAGCAAGCCAGAAUGGUACAUUCUCAUCCCAUAAAGCACUAUGUUGUCACCA